UUCUUUGUGUCAAUUGGAGAUUAAUGCUUGCCAGAUGAAAACCCCCGUUACUAUUCGUGACCUCUUAUGGCUUUAUAAGCUCCAUAGCAACUCCAGUUCUCGAUGCGAGUUUCACAGGCGCCACACUUCCUGAGCAUUCCAGUCUAGUGACCCACAAAAAUCCCGGGCUUUUGCAUCAGGAACAGCGAUUCGAUAACAUACGUACGUGAUGGAACAACAGCCGUGGUACGAAGGAUCCUUCUUCCCAGGCUUCCAGAUCGCCGUCCCCCAGGGACACGACUGGGAGAUCUGGGAGAUCCAAGGGGUGGUGUCGAUUAGAACCGAUCCCACGGGAGCGCUCCCACAAGGGGCCAGCACGCCGCAGCAGUUCGCCAGCUUGACAUCAAUCGUGGCGUACGCGGUCCUCCGCGCCGGACCGGGGUACGGCCGGGGAGCUCUGAUGAAGCUUCGGCUUCUGACGCUGCCUGGCUCCAUCAGCGACGCGCAACAACAGGCGCUGUUGCACCGCCCCGUCCCCGAGUCCCUGGCAGCCUUCCGCGAGAUGGCGGCCAUCGAACGCAUGGCAGCCGCCCAGCUCUACCCGGCGCCCUCUGUGAUCGGCUGGCACCGCUGUACGUUCAGUGCGCUCCCCGAGCCCCGAAUGCAUGCGCAUCCCGGGAUCGCCAUCGUCCUGAUGUUGGCAGUCCCGUUCGGUCGCGACUGCCGUGACAUAGAACACUGGCCCAGCCUCAUGGAGCGAAUGAUGGCGCGCGAAGAGUUUCUGAAAGCAUACCGUGCCUUUUACACGGCCGGCCUCAUCCACACCAGACCCGACCCCGAACAUGUCAUCUGGGAUCCGAUCCACGAGAAAGUCUAUAUCAUGGGCCUCGGCAACGUUUACCUUGGUCAGAGGGACCGUGUCAUGGAGGUGGACAUGAUUUAUGACUUGCUGACACUGUGGGGUCUGAGGGUACCGCUUCCGUAGAGUCGGUCGUAUGCUACUCAUCCGUCGGACACAAGCGCAGAAACCCACAGGCUCUAGUCUUGUACCUUCUAGUUUCC